UAUUUUUUCAUUAAUGUCUGUUUUUCUUUCCGAGUGCAAUUGUUAAUGAAAAUGUAAAAAAAAAUUAAUGUAAUUUGCUAUAAAAUUGUGUAAAUUUCCUUAAACAAAGUUUUGAAAAAUGGAAAGUGAAAAAAUUUUAAUGGCAGCUGGCGUAACAGUAGCAGCAGUUGUGGGAGCUUUUGUUUUUUGGGGACCUUCUGGUAAUUCGCGUUUACGCCAACGACGCGGUCAAAUAGCUGGACUUCAUAAUUUUGGCCAGACAUGUUUUCUAAAUACACUGUUACAGGCGUUAGCUGCAUGCCCGCAGUUUAUAGCCUGGCUGCAAUUGUAUAAUAAUGCGACACCAGAUCGCAAAAGUUUAAUAAGCUCGUUGCUCAGUACGUUGGAGGUUGUAAACGGUACCCAUACUAGUCUAAGGGGAGAUCCAUAUUCGCCAGGAGCUGUGCUAAGAGCAUUAAACGCAUUGGGUUGGGUCAUACCACAAGAAGAACAUGAUGCUCAUGAGUUAUUUCAUGUAAUGCUUUCGACGUUGGAAGAGGAGGCCCAUCGUCCCAAACAAGUUGGUUCCUUAUCGGAUGCUUUGCCAGUGGACAAUGGUAUUGGUGAUCAACCCAACCGACCAUCUAGUGCCAUGUUAAGUGAUUUUCUCAAUGCGGAUUAUGAUGAAUCCACUGGUUUGUCACGCAUGGUACGUUCUGAGGCCCACACCCCUGAUUCUCCGGCCUCGAUAUGUGAUCGGGACCUACAUGCCGAUCAUUUACCAUCUUCAUCGCCACCAGAAGCUAUGGAAAUUGGUGGAAUGUCAUCGCCUGUUUUGGGUGGUAGACCCAGUCGUUCUAGAGACGCUCUAAACAAAAGAUCAUCAGGAUCAUGUCGCUCCCUGGAGCGCUUAACUCGAGGACCUGGAAAAGUUUCGAUUUGGUCUGAAAAAAUGCCCACACAAGUACCACAUCCUUUUCAAGGUGCCAUGGGUACACAAAUUGUUUGUAAUGGCUGUGGAUUCAAGUCCACUGUUCGCUAUGAUAAGUUCGAUAGUAUUACAUUAAAUUUACCACCUCAACGACGCAGCGGUCUAAGUUUGGGUCAUUUGCUAAGUGACUACAUUACAUCCGAGGAUGUCACUGGCGUCAAGUGUGAAUCAUGCAAUGAAACCACCACUCACACUAAAUCCUUAACAUUUGCUAAACUACCAGCAUGUCUUUGCGUACAUAUAGCUCGCACGGUAUGGUUGCCCACUGGUCAAGUGUGCAAACGUCAAGACUACGUGCAUUUUCCCGAAAGCCUUUCAAUGGCUCCCUAUAGUUUUGUACAACCCCAUUUAAAUAGCCAGGCUGGCACACCUUGGGGCUCUACUAUGUCAUUGUUUUCUUCUAGUCUGCCCAUGAAUAACAUGGGCGCCGGUGCCGAGUCUUACGGUACGGGCUUUGGUACAAUGUUUCCGCGUAAUCUCUAUCGCUUAUUGGCUGUUGUUGUGCACUCUGGUGAGGCAAAUUCUGGCCAUUUUGUUACUUACAGGAGAGGAGCUCUACGCAAUGCGCAUAGAUGGUUUUAUACAUCCGAUACUAUAGUGCGUGAGGUGUCAAUAGAUGAAGUUUUGAGUGUUCCCGCUUAUUUGAUAUUCUAUGAUCGUAGCCCUCAGAGGCCUUUACGUUGAAUUACAUUUGUUUUCAAGGAUCUCGAUGAAGUAAAGACAAAAGCGUCUGAUUAUUUUUUACUAUAUUUAUAUUAUACUAUUACUACCUAAAAGCUUAAAUGGAUCAAAUGUAUUUUGGUGUUAAAACAGAUAUGAAACACCAAAAUCUUCAAGAAACAAAACCAAUAAGAAAUUGCAUUUUCAGUUUUUUUUUUGUAUGGUGUUACAAACAACAAAUAAAAUACAAUUGAUAGAAAUUUACCCGCAUAAUAAAACACAUACUCGUUCUUAUUAAGCGUAGUGAUUUAUGAUUACUCUUAAAUGUUUAUAUGUAUGUUUUUCUUUUUCAAUAUUACGAUUUCUCAACAGAAAAUAAGAAUUUCAAUAUAAAAAAUAAAAUAAAAAGUACGUUUAAAAUAUGUAUAAAA